AUGGCGGUGGUGCUGAUGGCGGACGCGGCGGCGGCGGCGCUGAUGUGGGAGCUGCGGCGGCGGCGGCGAAGCACGGGCCCUGCGCCCCCGGGGCGCCUCUAUAUGAGCGGGCGGGGCCCGCGUCACGGCCGGUCACCGGCCCGCUCCGCCCCCUGGUCCCGCCCCGGGACGGAGGUACAGCUGACUGAAGGGCCCCUGCACUGGUACAGUGACCCCGGCCUGGCAGGCGUGUUCCUAGGGCCAGGCCUGAGUUACGACCAGCACACUGGGGAACUGAUGGUGGCCGAACCCGGGGUCUACUAUGUUUUCCUGAACCUGAAGCUGCAGCGGGUGGUGUCUGACAAAGGCUCCGGCUUGGUCUCUGCUGCCCUGCAUCUGCAGCCGCUUGGUGUCAGGGCUGCAGCCCUGGCCCUGACCUUGGACCUGCCUCCUCCAUCCUCAGAGGCCCGUGACUCCGCAGCUGGUUUCUGGGGCAGCCUGCUGCACCUGGGCGCCGGCCAGCGCCUGGGUGUUCACCUGCGGGCUGAGGAGGGGGUGCGCCUCGCUUGGCAGCUCGCACAGGGUGCCACCAUCUUGGGCCUCUUCAGAGUGGCCACCAAAGUCCCCGCUGGACUCCCCUUGUCGUGGCCCAUUGACACGGGGCCUGGCUCCGGGCCCCUGGACCGAGAAUGAAUGCUGCCUUCUUUCAUUGGGGCUCUUGGUUGACGGACGCCCCAGCGACUCUACCUCACCUGGCUUGGCAGGGAUCCCCGCUGCUGACCCACUCCUCGAGGACUCUCCAAGUCACUCUCCCAUUCCUGCCCCAAGUCGAACUUCUGGUAUUUAUUCUGAGCCUGAGCUCAACAGUGUACUUUAUAUUAAUCCAUUCCAUUUAUAUUUAUUGAACAUCUGCUGUAGGCAAGGCCCUGUGCAGGGCCGGGGAAACAUCAGCAAACAAAACAGAUUAAAAAAAAAUUUAUUUAUGUUAAUAUGUGCGAAAUAAAGACUCAUCCCCAGCCCUGUUCUGGCAUUCAGGGGGCUAGUCUUCAGGGGUCCGUGUGACUAUGAUGUGUGAGCUUUAUUCAUGCAAGUUGUUCUGAGCCUCUCCUUUGUAUCAGGCGCUGUUUUAGGUGUUGGGGACACAGCUAUGAACAAGACAGACAGACAGCCCAGCUUUUGCCAUGCUGGCCAUCAGGUAUGCCUGCUUGGCACUAGGACUAUGAUUGUGUGUGACCCUGUGUGACUGGACCACAUGGGAGAGUGUGGGAUGGAUGGUGCGUGGUAUUGGAUGAUAUGAUACUUAUAAACCUACUGACCGAGAAGUAUUGAACCUUUGCUGUAUGUCGGACAACAUGAGGUAUCUAUUUGAGACAUAACAACCCUAUGCUUUUGGGAGUUCAUUCCCAUUUUGUCAUUCUCUCUGCUGGUGACGUGACCUGCUGGUGUCCGCAUGGUGGAAGUACUGUGUAAUGCUGUUCUGAAGGACCUGUUAGGUGACCUCAUGCUGGGGACUUAAAAUUGGCCAUGGGCAUCUGCAAAUGCUUCAGGUUGGCUUCACGUUAUUGUGUGUGGAUCACCUAUUUAAGACAGUGAUGG